GCCAUGCCCACAGCCCACCAUGCCCGCUUUACUAGAGAACAUCAAUCAAACCAGAAUUGUUCUUGAACGAAAGGCAAAGUUUACAGGAAAGAUGGCUUCAUAAAUCAGUCUCUGUGAAGGAGGGGGUUAACAGUGCUCAGUGAGGUCCCAGGAGAGAUGUGCCGGCGCUUGUCUCUCCUUUUGCUCAGACACUAGAAAUCCCUCUUAGCCAUUUUGUCUUCUUGUCCUUUCUUCACCCUUUAGAGGACACGCAGCACAGGCAACACGCGGGUAUAGGUGGACAAAAAAACAACACAGAGCUGACUGCGGAGAAGACGUGACGCUGGUGAGGCAGCAGAGAGUGGGGGAGGGGAAGUCAGAGUGAGCGUGAGUGCGCUGUUGAGCCAAGCGGAGCAGAGCAGAGCAGGAGCGCGUGCGUGAGAGAGCGAGCGAGCGAGCGAGCGUCCGAGCGAACAGGCAUCUCUUGCAGGGAUUCAUUUGGAUGGUCGGGGGGUGGGGCUGGUGAUUGGCUGGGAGCGUGAGCAGCGUCACUCACGCAGGCAGGGGGGGAAAGCUCACGAGCGGCGAGCACGGCGUAGCAUAGUGGAGCUGGGAGGAAACCCUUUUGCACUGGGUGCUAAACCCCCCCUCACGCACGCUCCGCACACACACCCCCCAACCCUCACACAGCUGCAGCCAGGAGGGAGGUGAUCCUCUCUGCUCACGUCAAUUUUUACUCCAAGCGCUACCCAUCUGCUGCUGCUACUGCUGCUGCUGCUCUCUCUUCAGCUCUGGACGCAACCUGCUAGCCACCAUCUCCUGUGCGCUUCUUCCUUCUCCUCUCCUCCUCCUCUUCCUCUUCCUCCUUUUCAGCUGUCCGUCCAGCUCAUCACGCCGCCGCAGCCAUGAACUACCUGCGUCGCCGUCUGUCCGACAGCACCUUCAUCUCCAACCUGCCGAAUGGCUACUUGUCGGACCUCCAGAAGCCGGACCCCUCGCAGCCUCCUCCUCCCCCGCAGCCAGAGGUAUCUCUGGCACCUGCGCCUGGGGGGCAGGUCGUCGGCGGAGCACCUCCGCCCAGCACUUCCCCGGCCGUGGAGCGCAAGCCCCAGCCCCAGAUCCAGCCCCAGCCUCAGCCCAAGCCCCAGCUCCAGCCCAAGCCCCAGCCGGCGUCCCAGCCCGCCGGCACGGGGUUCUUCAGCUCCAUCACCAACGUGGUGAAGCAGACGGCCGCCUCGGCGGGACUGGUGGAGCAGACCACCGUCACGGCGCCCAAGAAGUUCAAGAUACUGCUGGUCAUCGACGAACCCACGCAGGAGUGGGCAAAAUUGUUCAGAGGGAAGAAGGUACAGGGGGAUUAUGACAUCAAAGUUGAACAGGCCCAGUUUGGUGACAUUGAUGUGGUGUCCCAUGCCAAUGGGACCUGCACUGUGGCAAUGCAGGUCUGGAGGAAUGAAACAAAGGUGAUCAGGUCAUUCAAGCCGGACUUUGUGCUCAUCCGCCAGCAUGCCUACAGUAUGACGGAGAACGAGGACUUCCGCAACCUCGUCAUUGCGCUGCAGUACGCGGGCAUCCCCAGCUUGAACUCCUUGGACUCCAUCUAUAACCUCUGUGACAAACCCUGGGCUUUUGCUCAAUUGAUUGGCGCAUACAGAAGACUUGGCCCAGAAAAGUUCCCUCUCAUUGAGCAGACGUACUAUCCAAACUACAAGGAAAUGGUUGCCAUGCCAACAUUUCCCGUUGUUGUGAAAAUUGGACACGCUCAUUCAGGAGUGGGCAAGGUGAAAGUGGACAAUCAUAGUAAAUUUCAGGAUAUUGCCAGCGUUGUGGCUCUCACAAAGACAUACACCACCUCAGAGCCUUUCAUCGAAUCCAAGUAUGACAUCAGGAUUCAGAAGAUUGGGGCCGAUUACAAGGCUUACAUGAGGACAUCUAUCUCUGGGAACUGGAAAUCAAAUACAGGCGCUGCCAUGCUCGAUCAGGUUGCCAUGACAGACAGUUAUAAGCUUUGGGUUGACACCUGUUCUGAGAUGUUCGGGGGCCUGGACAUUUGUGCAGUCAAAGCCAUCCAUGGCAAAGAUGGGAAGGAUUAUAUCACUGAGGUGGUGGGCUCCUCAAUGCCCCUGAUUGGAGAUCAUCAGGUGGAGGACAGGCAGCUGAUCUGCGACAUGGUUGUUGCUAAAAUGAACACAGAGGGAUUAACUUCUAAACUCCAAAGGCCAACUACCAUUCAGCCAUCACAGAUGCCCAUGGAGAAGGAAGUUGGGAAUGACCUGAAGAAGACGCCGACCGGGAAGCCUCCGCCUCAAGGGGGCUCCACGAUUCCCCAGGCAUCCAUUUCUCAGUAUCAACAACCAUCUUCUGGGACUUGCGCCACCGCCUUCACCAGAGACCCCGGCAGGGGGCUGAGCACACAGCCCGCAGGCCCGACAGCACAUCGACAUCCUGGGCAGGGUCAUCAUCAGCAGCAGCACUACCCUGAAGCGCAGCCUGCCAAGCCUGUGCCACCGAGACGGCGCAACUCAAAAACACAGUGCCAGUCCAGGCCCCAGGAACAACUCCCAGCCAGGGCUGCAGAACAAGGUCAAGACCAGGACAGGCGUCAAGAACAACAACAUCAACAACAACAACAACAACAACAACAACAGCGACAACAACAAGUUCAGCUCCAGCGCCAGGGACAAGUCCAGUCUGGGGCUGGAGUACAGCUCCAGUGCGGGCCUCAGGACCAGCUCUCUCCCGGGGCCCAGGACCAGCUCCCGGGUGUGGCCCAGUCGACGUCUCCCCCCCAGGCCCAGUCUCCCACACAGUCUCUGUCUCCACCUGAGCUCCUGGGUGAGGCCAAGGCCCAACCUGGCGCCAGCCAAGAGCCACAGGCCACACGGGGGAGGGCUCAAGCCCAGGGUCAUCCUCAGCUGAAUAAAUCUCAGUCGCUGAGCAAUGCUUUUGGCCUUGGAGAUAAAUCCUUCUUCCGAAUGGCCAGUGAGGAUGUGGCCAAGGGAGAAAGCAUCCGGAACCUGCGCAAGUCUUUUGCGAGCCUGUUCUCUGACUAAGGGUAUCCAAAAGAGAACGUAAUCACAAUUCACACUAAAUUUAUGCAUCAGUAUAAGCCAUAAAUGUUGAACACAAUGUUUUUUCCUUAACAGCCAUAACAGAGUUGGUGAUGCUUCACAGUGUUGAGUAGUAUAGGAUGUUUUGCACUAUUGAUUGUUGUUCUUUCUCUGAAUGUAGUCUUUACUUCUAGUUCGUAACAAAUGUACACUGUAGGCCUAUCUCACAAAAACCAAAGCCUGCCACCUCCCAUCACACACCACACAUACCAUGCAACACUUACCACAGCAUGCUAGGUGCCUAUGUUUUCAAUACACUCUUAAAAAAAGGGUUCUUGGUGUCCUACAUAGAACCAUGUGGGCUUUAAAGAACCCUUAGGGGUCCCUUUGAUUAACCCUUCAAAAUGGUUUAAGGGGCAUGAAGCAUGCAAUAGAAGCAUUUUUGGUUCUAUAUCACCUUUUUUUCUAAGAGUGUAUGCCCACUGUUUCAAUUGAACUUGUAUUUUGUAGUUUUAUUGUAUUGUACUUGAAUGUGUUUGAUUUCAGCUAAUGAAUAUCAUGCUUUUUGGUGUGAGUUAUCGGUGAAUAGUGCAACAUGUUAACAUGUGAAAACACAUGUGCUCAUUCAGGGUUGAACCUGUGGAAUAUACCUUAAGUAGGCCUAUUGUAAAAAUACGCAUCAUGAUUAGCCUAAUACUUUACUUAUAAAAUUGAUCCCAAAAAGCCUUUUAGUGUCAAACUGUCCGUAUUGCACUAAGAUAUCUUUAAUGAGUGUUGUGCUGAAUUGUGAGUAUAAUAUCGAAAUAGUUUGAGAAGCUGAUUCAAUACAUUCCUCUGUUCACGCAAACACGAAUAAACACUUACAUAACUGAAAGAA